AUGAUUUUGGGUCAUGUUUCAGAUUCCCAAACGUUUGACUUCAUAAUAGUGGGUGCGGGAUCAGCUGGAUGUGUACUCGCAAAUAGACUCACAGAGGUAUCUGACUGGAAUGUCCUGUUGAUUGAAGAAGGAGAUGACCCACCAAGAGCUUCUAUUAUACCAGGCUUAUCAAUAAUCGUAGCGUCAGCACUGCCUGAUUGGAACUACUAUACAGUCGACGAUGGCUACUCCAGCCAAGGACUUAAAACAAAGACCAUACAUAACCGAAAAGGUAAGAUGCUCGGGGGAUCCAGCGGAACAAACUUCAUGUAUUAUGUUAGAGGGAAUAAAAUAGACUUCGAUAAAUGGGCCCAGGAUGGCAACGAAGGAUGGAAUUGGAAUAAUGUCUCUAAAUACUUCAAGAAAAGUGAAAAAAUUAAAAGCGAAUCUAUAAUGAAUAGCGAUGCAGCAGAUUUACAUGGAACAGAGGGAUUCUUAAGCGUCACUCAACCGGAUUGGGGAGAUAUACCCAAAGAUUACUUAAAUGCCUUCAAAGAACAAGGCCACGAUAUUCUUCUGGAUUAUAAUGGGCAUCAGCAGUUAGGAUACGGUAUGUCUAGCUUCACGUCUGAUGAGAAAGCCCGACAAAAUACAGCCUUUUCUUUUCUAAGCCCUAUAAAAACUAGAAAUAAUCUACAUGUUCUUAAAAAAACUCUUGCGAGAAAAAUUAUCUUGGACACGAAUAAACGAGCGAUUGGGGUUGAAGCAAGGCUUCCUGGGGGACAAAUUAUAAAACUCAAAGCAAAAAAUGAAGUUAUAUUAUCAGCUGGAGCAAUUAAUACGCCACAAUUACUGAUGCUGUCUGGAAUUGGCCCUAAAGAUCACUUAGAAGAAAUGAAAAUAGAUGUACUACUAGAUUCACCAAACGUCGGACAAAAUAUGCAGGACCACGCAUUAAUUCCUCUAAUUAUUAGUGGAGAGAAAAAAUUUAUAUCAAUAUUAGAAAAUAUUAAACCUCUAGGAGAGACUACUCGUUUUCCGAUGGCAUCAUUCUUGGGCUUUGUUACACUUAAUAAAUCUCAAAGCUAUCCAGAUUAUCAAGUGACUGCUGUACCUACGCCUACUGGGGCGCUUUUGCCUCCUUUAUUGUGUUCGGAUACGUUUUCAAUAAAAGACAACUCCAUCAUCGCUUUAGCUGAUAAAACUCAAACCAGAGGAGCUCUAUUCGCGCUGGUUACGCAUCUUCAUCCAAAAUCUAGAGGUAGGAUCAAUCUGCGUAGCACCAACCCUGAAGACAGUCCCCUCAUUUACUCUGGCUACUUUAGUAACGAAGACGAUUUGGAAAACUUUGCAAAAUACGUUGAAGAUUACAUUACAGUGAUAAAUACAACAUACUUUAAACAAAUUGAGGCUCAAGUCAUUGACCUUAAAGUUGAUGAAUGUAAAGGAAUUAGUUUUGGGAGUCAUGAAUAUUGGAGAUGUUAUGUUUUAAACUUGGCGAGUACUCAGUAUCAUGCUGUGAGUACUUGUAGGAUGGGUGUGGAAGGUCAGGGUGUGGUCGAUGCAAGGUUAAGGGUCAGGGGUGUUACAGGAUUAAGGGUAGUGGAUGCCAGUGUGAUGCCAUCUCUCACAAGUGGAAACAUAAAUGCCCCAGUGAUCAUGAUUGCUGAAAAAGCUGGAGACAUGAUUAAAGAAGACUAUGGAAUAAAAAUAUAAACAGACAAGAAUUAAAUCACAACCGUGAAAGAAAUAAUAAUCUUAUAUAUAAAAAUGGAUCGCAAAAUGUGUUGGUAAGCUCAUAACUCAACAACGCCUGGACCAAUUUUGCUAAUUCUUUUUUUGUUGUGUUUGUUAUUGUCAGGAGAAGGUUCUUAUCGAAAAUAUUAAAAAAAUAUAGAGGAGG